GCUUUUAGUACUUCACUACCUUACAUGUUAAUUUUAUUUAAAUUGCAAAUUUUUGAUAUAAUAAUAAAACGCUUGCAAGCCAAAUCGUGGUAUACUAGUAUUUAUAGAAUUACUUAAUAGUUUGAUGUACAUUUACACAUGUAGAAACCAAAACAAAAAUUCACUGGGUAUAAAGUGUGUGUUUUAUUUUACUUUUUUCAGCAAAAAAAAAAAAAGAUACAAUGGGUGAAAAUAUCUAUACACCUGCUAUGGCUCAACGUUUGGUUGUGGACGGACUACCCCUCAGUAGAAAUGAAAUGAUUGCUGUUUAUUACCACUCUGGUUAUACUAUUCAGGAAAUCAUUGGAUUUCUUGCGAGCAGACAUAACACUGCUUUAAGUGCGAGACAAAUUCAUCGAGUUUUAAGGGAAAUGAAUCUAACGAGACGAAACAACCAGCCACGUUUGGAGGACAUUGUAACGGCUAUUUUACAUGAACUUUCAGGCUCGGGCGGUGACAUUGGCUAUAGAGGAAUGAGGAGACGUCUGCUAGUCGACCAUGACCUCAAUGUGUCUUGUGAAUUGGUGCGCCUUGCAUUAACUGUUUUGGACGCAGAAGGUGUAAUAAGACGUAGACAACGUCGUCUUCAGCGUAGAAGGUACAUUAACGAAGGGCCCAAUUUUUGUGUUCAUCUAGAUGGCUGGGACAAAUUGAAACCAUUUGGAAUUUCCAUUCAUGGUUGUGUAGAUGGCUUUUCAAGACGUAUUCUCUGGCUUAGAGCUUGCAAUUCUAACAAAAACCCUGAAUAUAUAUCCAGAUUUUAUAUAGACUAUAUCAAAGAAAUAAACGGGGUUCCUGUGGUCGUAUACGCGGACAGGGGUACUGAGAACUGCAUAGUUCGAGAUUUGCAAUACGCUUUGCGAUGGAAUCACCAGGAUCCUCUGCAAGGACUAUCAAGUUUUAGGUAUGGAUCGUCAUAUAGAAAUACAAGAAUAGAGCGAUUUUGGCGGUGUUUACGGGAAAUGUGUGGCAAUUUUUGGAUAAAUUACUUUAAGGAUAUGGAUAAUUUGGGUGUUUUUGACACAUCCGAUGUAGUUCACCUAGAGUGUGCUAGGUAUUGUUUCUUACCAAUUAUCAACAGGGAAUUGUACAGAGUUAUACAGCAUUGGAAUGAACACACAAUUAGAAGAAACCGCAAUGCAGAUUGUCCGUCUGGAAAACCAGAUGUUAUGUAUUUUCAGCCCGAAAUUUACCAAACAAGAGAUUAUAAAAUGCCUAUACCUGGUAAUCUGAAUGGCAUAGAACAAGAAUAUUGUGCCUACCCUCCUGCAAAUGGUGUUUCGAUGGAAUUUGAAGUUAUUGGUACUCAAAUAAGAAUUGAAAACGGUUUGAAUUACCCACCAAACACAGUAGAAGAAGCAACAGAACUCUUUAUCCGUAUAACAAACUAUGUAGAUCGCUUAUAAAUUACAUGUAUAUACAUAGAUUUGACUCAUGUGGUUAUAAGGAGGUAUCUUUUUCGUAUGUUCUAAAUAUUGUUUGAUAAAGGAAUUAGAAAUUGUA